UUUUAGUGUCAGGCAGAUACUGAGUUAAUAAAAAACGUAGGAUUAAGUUAAGUAAUUGUAAUAAAAUGUAAAACAUGUCAUUUUAAAAUAAAUAAUUCAAAUGUUUGGGAAUGUGAAAUUUGCAUUCUAGUCUGACCUGUUUUUUAUACAUUCACUAGGCUAUACAAAACUGGGUCAGUUCAUGAAAAGCUUUUGUAAUUGUCUUUCUUGAAUGACUCGAAAGGGUUUCAAUUCUGUUUAUGAAUAUGAUUGGCUCUGUGAUGAAUUAGUGUAAUAUAUUUGCUUAUAAUGCUAAAACUACAGUUUAGAGUAAACUAUCCUACUCAUUCUAGGAAAUCAGAUUAUUAAUACUGGAGAGUUAAUAACGGUAACCAUAAUAUCAAUAAAAAUAGUAAUUAUUUUCAAGCCUUUUUAAAAGUAAGAAAAUAAUUUUAAUUUCAAGCUUAUGACACAGAAGAGUAGAGAAAAAACUAAAUUGAAUGACAUAAGAGAACGACGAAUUAAUAUCUGGAAUAUCUGAACAAUGCGAAAUGUGACAUUGAGAUACAACGUUGGUGGAGUACAAACGUCAAAUGUGACACAAAUUUUCAUGACAGAUGUAAUAGUGUAUGUAACAUUAUAUAUAUAUACAUAUAUAUAUAUAUACGUAACAUGCAAGGUAACGUAUGUAUAUGUAGUUAGGAUUUCAUAAAUAAAUAGGUUAGGUUAUAAUGGCGCAGAAAUGCUAAUAAUGGCGCAGAAAUUCUGUUCAACGCAAGAGUGACACAAAUGUCACGAUCGCAUGUGAUAAAAUAACAGACAAUUCUCACCACAGACACGAAAUGUAAACUGAUAUUCGAACUGACAGAAAUAAGACGCCUAGUUUUGCGUAAUGUCCACUCAAACUGUGUCACCUCAACGCGUCAGAGGUGGGCGUCAGAGUCGAGUUUAUGGACGCUUGGGCGAUAUACCUUCACGAUAAUGAAACUCUUCAACUUUCUAUUGAAAGAUGUCACUAACAAAAUUGAAUUUUACUCGAGGUUCUCGCCUUCGCCGAUGUCAAUCAAACAGUUUCUGGAUUUCGGCAGAGAAAAUGCAUGUGAAAAAACAUCUUACAUGUUCCUGCGUAAAGAACUGGCAGUGAGGCUGGCCAACACCAUGAGGGAAGUGACCUUGUUGCCUGCCAAUCUUCUUAACCAGCCGUCUGUCAAACUGGUUCAGUCCUGGUACAGCCAGAGCUUUGAAGAGCUGUUAGAGUAUGAGAAGAGAAGUCCAGAGGAUCCACACACCCUCAAUGACUUCCUUGAGAUCCUGAUUAAGAUUAGAAACAGGCACAAUGAUGUUGUCCCCACUAUGGCUCAAGGUGUCGUCGAAUACAAAGCAAAGUUUGGUUUUGAUCCUUUUAUCAGCAGCAAUGUGCAGUAUUUCCUGGACCGCUUCUACACCAGCCGCAUUUCAUUUCGCAUGCUCAUCAACCAGCACACUCUCUUGUUUGGUGAUGCCACUUGUCUGGCAAAACCAAAACACAUCGGAGGCAUAGACCCAGCGUGCAACGUUGCCGCAGUGGUGAGAGAUGCCUAUGAAACUGCAAAGAUGCUCUGUGAGCAAUACUACAUGAUGGCACCUGAGCUGGACAUCAAAGAAAUCAACUCCAAAACUCCACAGAAGCCUAUUCAGGUGGUCUAUGUGCCGUCUCAUCUUUUUCACAUGCUGUUUGAACUCUUCAAGAAUUCAAUGCGGGCGACAGUGGAGCUCUAUGAAAUCAGCAGUGAAGGGCUUCCUCCAGUUAAGGCACUGGUUACACUGGGAAAAGAGGAUCUUUCAAUAAAGAUUAGUGACCAAGGUGGGGGCGUCCCCUUACGAAAGAUCGACCGUCUCUUCAAUUACAUGUACUCCACUGCACCGACACCACCACUGGAUCUCACACAAACCACUGUGCCACUGGCUGGUUUUGGCUAUGGCUUGCCGAUCUCUAGAUUGUAUGCCCGCUACUUUCAGGGAGACUUAAAACUGUACUCGGUUGAAGGAGUCGGGACUGAUGCAGUCAUUUAUCUUAAGGCUCUUUCCAGUGAAUCUUUUGAGCGUCUUCCAGUCUUCAAUAAGUCAGUGUGGCGACAUUACCAGACAGGCCCAGAAGCCGAUGACUGGAGCAACCCUAGCAGCGAUCCACGAGAUACCUCCACAUAUAAGACCAACAGAUGACUUCAGAUUCUCCCCACGCACUGUUCAUGAGUUGCUUUAAAAUUAUAGCCGCCCAGACAACAUCUUUCAAGACGUCUGGUGUUUAUGGUGGCCGGUGUUGGUAGCGUUAUGUGCAGAAUAAUAGAGCAGACUCGCUUAACGGUGCUUCGGUCGACCCUUGUUCGAGUGCCAGCUUGUGUUUUUUUUCCCGGUCUGUCCCCUUCCUACUCUUCUAGCACGUGCUUUCUCUCUCCACUGUCCUCUCCGAAUAUACAUAAAUAAUAUAUUAUAAAAAAGAUUAGAGCAGACUCUCAGUAUUUACUCCCAAAUUACGGUUCUGAAGCUACAUGCCACAUCAGGUUAUUUUAGCAGGAGGGUCAUGGAAAUCAUUUGAUUUGGUAAGAGAUGAGUCAAUAUUUUUGGGGGUCUGUCUGCUAUAGUUGUAUUUUGUUUAGGAGUACAGGGGCAUGUAGAUGACAUUAAAGCCACAAUAUGGAAUAUUUGGACCGCUAGAUGAUGCACUUUCGAGACAACAUCAAAAGGCCAAGCUAAAUGAAGUUAUGUAGGAAUGGAAUUAUGGUUCAUGUCGUUUUCACCAGCCAGAGGCGUACGGAGAUCGGCCAUCAUGUUCACGUACGAGGUAAUGAAUAAAUUUUAUUUUGUCAUCGUAAUGAGUAAGUUUGCAAGAAACGUGGAAUGUAAUGCUACGUUAGCCCUCGACUGAUAUAUAUUUACAAUAUAUAUAUUUUAAUUUUAUUUAUUAAAACACAUGCGAGAGCAGAAUCUCUGUCUAGUGCAAGUUGGUCGCGAAGCUCUCUCCGUUUAGAAAACGUCACGCCGAUGUUAAUCCUUGUUUUAUUUCUUUGUUAGUCCAUAAACCUGCUUGGCAUAUUUGGCCUACGUUUACACAUUUUGGGGUUUCCUUUGGGGAGGCCCAGAUGCUGUAUAACCACUUCCACAUUUGCAUGUUGCCGUAGUUUCUACAACGGGAAACAGAGGGUAGUGCGGAGCAGCAGAUAUUAAGUCACUGAUUUGCAACAAAUACAAUAGAGACAGAGACAGCCCUUUGUGUCCAAUAGGAAUUUCUCUGGAUUCCACAUUCUUGGGAACAUUUGGGAUAGUGCAAGUACACAGCUGCAUAAAAUAUCUCACACUGUACAAGUGAUUUUUGGAUAUUUCACAAAAAAAUAAUUCAUAUUGUGGCUUUAAAGCUAAAACUCAUAGACUAUAGCCUCAGAUCUGAAAUGGAUGUGAUCGCUGAAGAUGCACUAAACUGCACUUUCUGAUCAUUUUUUCACGAAAUUGUACACGGCUAAAAAAGUCUAGGCUGGUUUUCUUUUUCACAUUUUGCCCAAUCUGCUCUACAUUUCAGUUUUCAUAUUUUAUUCAGAUAUUCAUUUCAGUGCAUAUUCUACUGUAAUAAUGCACUAAGCACGGAUUAGACUUUAGUACAGUGGUGUGAUAGAUUAAUGGUCAAUUAUAACAGAAUGACUCAUAGUUACUUGUAGCUGUAGUAAUAUAGCAGUUUUUAUGUUUAUGUCUUCAGAUAAGCUUCUGUUAAGUGAAUAAAUGUAACGUUAUGUUUGGUUAUGGAACUAUGUCAUGCCAUAUUUCACAAUUUGCUUAUCUGUUCAUUUUUUAUCUAAUCAACGAAAUUGCUUAUCAAAACACUCCCUUUUUCAGUACUGAAGUUCAUCCUUCAUUUUAGACAUAAUAAUUUGUUUGUGACGAGCAAGGCUGCACCGGCCCCGCGUCAUUCACUCACGGCUCUCGUCCCGCCUUCCUCGUCACAUUGAGGCUAAAUAAAAGGGGGCUAACAAAGCACUCAGCACACAAUAUGAUACUGGGUUCACGAUUAUGACUGUAUUACAUCAUUUUUUACAAAUUGUUAAAAAAUUUAAUAAAAUUAAAAAAUCUGAAACAUUCACAAUUUUUGUUUUUUGUUAAAGAAUGGCAGGAUUAAUUGAAACUUGUAUGUAAGUCAAUAAAAUGAAAUAGGUGUGUCAGUGAAAAAAUAACUUUUUAACACGAAAUUAAAAAAGGAAUUAGGAAAACUUAUUCCUAAAAGAGAACUUAAUGAAUCAGAAAAACAUUGCUA